AUAAAACUGUUUUUACUUUGGUUUCGUUGGUCUUGUUCUAGAGAAAGACAGCUCAUUCUAGUCCUAGAUAAGCGUACUAAUAAUAGGAUUUUACCAAUUUUUAUCAACUUUUUUGGACAAACGGAUCGUUUUGGGUUUACAAAAUGGAUUUAAAUGCAUACAAAGGAUGGUCUUCUGAACUUCAUUCUACAUACAAUCAACUUCUCGAAUAUGAAAGUUUUUUGCGUUUGUUUCCUGUAGAGGUUGCUAACUCUAUAGCCACCAGUACUGUAAUGAGUGUGAAGUGUGAUUGUUCAUGUACUCUUCUGUCAUCGUCUGGUGAUGUAGUACCUGCCAAUACCGAUGCAACACAUGAUGGUUCUGUUUCUCAUCGAAGCGAAUCUAUAUCUCUUCCCCAAAAUGUUUCUUCAGCACCGAAUCCGCGUUCAUCUUUUUCUGGUCAGACUUCCGUAGUACGUUUUGAUUCUCCAGAUGAACUGCGUUGGGUUAUGCACGCUAUCACUUACGGACUGACUAUGUCAUCUGAAAAUUGGGACGUCAUCAAACACAGUGCACAUAUUUACUGCUAUUGGAUCAAAUGUCUUAAUUCUUCAAUACGCUCCACACAAUCAGGGAAUUCGAACUCACCAAUUCCGUUGAUUCUACAAAAGGAGCCACAACGUUUCUUAAAGUCCCUUUUGUUCUCCCUUACUUAUUAUUUCCUUCCACGUGAUCCAGAACCAUUAAGUGAUCAGCCUAAGUUAAUGUUUUCAACCCUUGGUCGAAGUUUAGCACCUCCACAGUAUUUGACUAGUGCCGACUCAUCUGAAGCUCCAUCUUCUUUUACAGUGAUCGAGUCAACACACUUAUCAGCGUUGCUAAAUAAGCAGUUAGACAUUAUAAAACUGGUGGCUGCUGCAGUCGAAGAAUUAUGCUCAGUACCGACUCAGUUAACAUCUGACUCCUGGGAUUGUAUAUUGCGAUUUUGUCUGAUCAUAUGUCAUGCUAUUCUGUCACCACCUUUACAUUUACCAUCAGGAUUAAUCCAGUCAUCUACUGGGGCUUCUCAGAUGACCAAUACUUUUAUUUCGGGAUCAGGAUCUGUUGGUGGACCUAAUUCUAUGGCUCUUUUGUCAAAUCAUUCCAGUUCUUCAGAUGUUAGGGGCACCAAGGAUUCAGCUACCUUAUUUGACGUCAUAUCAGACUGCGUUUCCAACUUACUAUUCAGUACUUGGUUAAAAGCUUGUACUCAUUGUUUUCCUAAACCACAACUUUGGGUCGCAUUUAGAGAGUGCGCAAGAGUAUGGCGACAUCAUAAUGCGUUUAUUAAACAGUGGUCUCGUGUUUCCGUGGCACUAUCCGCUACUUUACUUGGUAUACUAAAUAAACCUACUAACUUAAACGCUUAUGCUUCUUUCAUUCAAUUAAUUCCAUCUGAUCUACCUGAUGGAAAUGCGAAAGAAUCUUGGAUUCGUAUGUUAUAUUUGAUCGACAAUCCAGUAGAUCUUAGUCAUGAACGUUUAAUAUGUAAUACACCGAUUUUUGAGGAAUAUAAGAAAUACAAUUGCAAUGAUAGAAUUCGAUGGACAUCUGUUUAUUUCCCCUAUCUAUAUCAUCAAGCCCUACGUGGUCUGUCAAUGAUCGUGGAUGGAUUUUUGGGUAUUCAGCCAAGUCUUACAGUUGGUAUCGAUCCAUUUGUUGGUGUAAUUCCAGAACUUUAUGGUCCUAUCGGUCGAUUAUUUCAAAGUUACCCUUCAUUUCAUAAGUACACAGAUACACAAAGCGUGAACAAUGAUGAUGAAGUCAGGAAAGCCCUUAUGACGGGUUUUUCAAAUAUUCAAGGUGGAACACGGUUGGCUGCUGGUAGUUUUUCUACAGAAAAAGCAACUAGAAAAUCUAGAUUAGCAAGCGUCGUCACGUCUGCUGGUAUUCUUGCUUCCGCUGGAACUUCUGGAGGUUUGAAAUCUGGGUCGGCUCCAUUUAAUAGUACUUCAAUACAUAUUCCUCAUACCAAUAGUAGUUCGUUAACUCCUAUUGAAAUUAAUGCUUCUUUGACAAAUGCUUUUCAACAGUCACAAACUCCUAGUUCACAAGCAUCUUUGCAGUUAUCAAAUGCUUCAACAAGUGGACAGUCAGUUAAUCAAAAAUUAGGAAAUAUUCCACCUAUAUUGUCUUUAGUUAAUAGAAAUCUACAGGUCGACCAUUUACAGAAUUUAGCUACAAAUUGGUUAUCAACCUAUUCUCAAAUUAUCUUAAAUCCUCAAAGACCAGAAAUAAACUCAUUGUUACAACUAUUUGGUGCUUGGCUUUUUGAAGCAUCAGUAUCAGGAGUUAAACAAGAUUUAAGUGUUACUGUGAUCAGUCAUCGAGCUACAUUAAUUGAUAAUAAUCGUUUUCUAGUUGGUCGUGCUGAAGCUCUUGGAACACUAUGUCGAAUAAUGAUCUACGCUCAACGUGGUCGUUUAGCAGAGGAAUAUCUUACACGAUUUUAUUUAUGUCUUUAUUAUGCAUUGGUUGUUGAUCCAACGGUUAAAAAUGAUUAUAUUUUAUGUUUAGUGUUAUUCUAUUCAAUUGAUUUACUUCGUGUUGAUUUACCCGGUAUCAAUAUCUUGAUACCACGUAUAUAUGGUGCUUGUCAGCAUGUUUUAAAAGAAGAAAUUAACAUGAAACCUGAAUUUUUAUCACCGACUCUGGUUCAACGUGCAGCUAUACAUCAGCUUAUGUCAAUGGUAUGUAUUCCUAUUCAAUUUAAAGGCGCACAUUUAAAACCUUUGAUUCCUUUGAUGUCUAAUGAGGAUAAUCCAUGUUCAUUGAAUGAUAUAAAAAAUAUGAUGGUUAAUAUUUUAUGUGAUACGUUGAGUAGUACAGAAGAUCCGGUAAAUUUUCAAUUGUUAUUAAGUGUGGCGUUGGCUUUAAUUGAAGACAUGUCAGCUGAUGAGAUGCAGUCAUCUAAUAUUCGAACCGACCCUGGCAAAUCUCACACAACAUCUAGUUUCUUCAAUAUUCUGACACCACUGCUUUGUGGUAAUUUAGUAUAUAAGUGGAAAAAUGAUUCAUCAGUUAUGCUUUAUUUACUAGAAAUCAUCUCUGGUUUAUCUAGUGUACAUGUUACACCAGUUGAUCCAUCUACUUAUAGACAUACCGUCCGAUCAAUAUGUGAAUUUAUUACAAAUCAAUGUAACCGUGAAAAAAAAGACCAUAAAAGGCAGCUACAUAGUAUUAUUGUUGCUGCGUAUUAUUGUUUAUCUUCAUGGAUUGUACAACAUGUGAAUUUAUUAUUAUCUGAUCGAGAAUGUGUAUGGACUAUAUUAGAAACAAUUGAAUUGGGUAUUUGUGGUGCUAAGUCUUCAAAUAAACAGGCAAAAAAUGAGCCCCCUACUACUAUUCUCAAAGGUCAAAAACCUUUAGUUCCAUCCUCAAAACGUGUUUGUGAUGCAGCUGAGGCUUGUCUGUCAAAUUUAAUGUCAGUAGCUGGAUCUUUUCCUGGACCAUUCGGGACCGAUACAACAUGCUCUCAAUUAGCAGAAGAUAACAUUUUGAAAUUGAUUAUAGAUGAAGAGUCGAAUUCAUCUAAGGGUCGGUCAGAAUUUCACUAUUUCUGGUCCGAACCUAAUUUAAUAAUUGGAUUGUGCGAAUUCCCUACGAACUCGUUUAAAUCAACCAUAAAACCAAAAAUUGAUUGUUCAAAAGAUGGACCAGCUGCAAUUUUAAUUAUUCGAGGACCAUUUGGACGUCAUGUUUGGAUAACGCAUAUGCGUCUUUCACCAUUGUUGGGAAACGACUCAAAUUCUCAGUCAAAUUAUUCGGAUCAAAAACAAGAAAUAGUAAUUAAUCGUCCUAAACCUUGGGGUUGUUUUCUUGACAGACUUAUCACCACAGUAACCAACAAUGAAAAUGUUCCUGCUUUAAAUUUUCCACAAUCGAUAUCCGAUAUUCCACUUGUUGAAGCUGAUCAUAUAAUACCUUCGCUGGAUGAAGUUGGUAGUGAACUUGGAAGUAAUGUUAGACAAGAAAUUAAUGUAUUCAAGAAAUUAAUAACCACACAUGCUUCAUUAGCAAAGGAAGUUGGAUUACGUUGUGUCCAAGAAAAAAUUAAUGCACCUUAUCCUGACCCAAUCACAGAAGCACAAGCACCAAUGUAA